AGAAAGUGGUUCAGUCCGUCAGGUUCGGUUUCUCAAAAAUAACUCCACAACAACUUUGAAGAUUAAAUCGGAAAAGCGAACCUCAAUAGCAAACCCAUAGGAAUCACUAAAGAUCCCGGGAAUAUUGCAAACGUAGCCGCUGCUCCCAAAUUUGAUCGAGAACGUCAUCAACCCUUCGUCGAAAGAAACACUUGAAGCUUACAAAGGCCACAAAUCAACCUAGGAUUACGAUGACGACAUUUUGGAUCGAAGAUGUACUUCGGAUGGCACCGAAUGAAGCCGAUUAUGAUUACGAUUCGCUUGCUUCAAGGGGACUACAGUAUGAAUCACAAGAAUCAUCUGGCCCGCAGUCUCGUGAUGCUCCUCUCCCAUACCUAUUACUCACGACGUCUUUGAUGUCCAUCUUUGCCUCCAUUGUCGUGGUGCGAAUAUCCUCCGCGAAAUUGGAAUCGGCCUACCAGCGGAUUGUUUUCAUGCUGAACAUAGCUCUGGUUAUGAACUCGAUAUUCCUCGGGAUGCACCCGUUCCUGGUCGAUAGGAACAGCGGCUACUCUCCGGCAGGCACUCCGGCGAGCUGUACCGCGAUGGGUUUCUUUCUGGUCUUUGGCUCGCUUGCCGUGUCGCUGUACCACACCGUCGCUGCUCUUUACUUUUACUUCAGCGUUUUGUCGAUAAGUCGCGAGUACAAGCAACUUGUUGCCGAUGCGGCGGACAAGGACGGUGAAACGCCAUCCCCCGAAAAACCUUCUAUGGAAGAGAAAUAUUGUCCGGGGGCAGAAAUAGCAGGGAACUCGCUUUGUUUGGUCCUUCCGCUUGUAAUCUCCGGAGCAGCGAUCAGCUCAGGUUCCUUUGGUUACGAUCCCCGUGUGGGACUUUGUACUGUUUAUGGAGCUGGCUAUUUUGGAGAUUUGAGCUGGUAUUUCGUCCGGGAUAUAUAUCGGUGGACCCUUGUUGCCAGUGGCGCCCUUACUAUACUUGUGACCCUGAUCAUCCGCAUCCAUGUCCUGAUAUUUGAAAAGAAGGAGUGCAGUAGUGGUGGUGAUGAUGACGAUGCCGGUGAUGACAAAAGUCACGGUGGCAGUAGUAUGACAGAUCCAGAUGAAGCUGAAGACGAGGAAGAAAAAGAAAUAACACGGCAAAAACUCAAAACUAUUUCGGCUCAAUGCUUGUUCUAUACGACUUCUUAUUUGAGUUCCUACAUCUGGUUUGUAACCCUCUUGUUCCUGUCGAAAGGCAGUGGUGUGCCCUUAAACGAAGAUUUGAUUUAUGCCUUUAAGGUGAUGACAGUCAUUUUCUACCCACUCCUGGGUGUCUUCAACUGCGCCAUCUAUGUUCGACCGAGGCUUCAAACAUUACGAAUCAUGUACCCCCAAGAUUCUGUUACCGUCUCGAUGCGAGUUGCCAUGUCCAAGGCUGGAGAUCCAGAAGAGAUCGAAGAGGUGCGAGCCAAAAUAUAUGGUGACGAUUAUUCGAGAGCUAGGGAAUCGAGAGACGGGACUCCAGCGGAUGAAGAUCUGGAAGGUGGCGAUGCCAAUUUAUCAGAUUUACCCAGUGUUGUGCAUUUCGAUCCUUCCUGCGCGCAUUCGGUCAAGUCUCUGGUGACUACUGGGGAAGACGAAGACACUGACAAAGAAAACGGCACAGACAAAGACAAAAAGCAGGACAAGAAGCAGAGCAAAAAGCAGGACGAAUCAUGUUAGUGCUUUGUAAUUGCUUGUCGACCAUCCGCAUCAUGGACCGUGUCCGGUGGGACGGUGUUCCACUCCGAUGCGAAUUUUUGGAUAUGGCGGCUGGUAAAAUUGCGACCAACAAUGUUUGUUGGCGUCCAAAUGGACCCUUCUCUUGUCUUGGGAACGACAACAUGCUUGAGAUCUACCGCCGUUGUGGUGUUAUCGCCGGUAAGGUUGCUCUUUCUUUGGUUGCGUCUAAGAAACAUCAAGCCGGGAGAAAUAAAUUCGAUGGCGUUGUUCCCUAGGUGCCCUUCCCAUUGCUUUGCUUCUUUGUCGUUGUCGGCACGACGCUUUGCGUACUCGGCGGCAUCGAGAGCCUUCUCGUUGGUCAGCAAGAGUGCACGGGCAGAUCCUCCGCCGACGUCGGUCUUCCACCAGGAAGACAGACGAUCCGCAAAAUCACCGCUCGGGUUCAUGAAUUCCGACACGAUCGCCAGGGUGGCCGAGGGAUCCUGCUGGUCCAAAACGUCCGACGCCAAUCGAACAAGACUCUCGAAGAAUUCCUCCCCGGUCGAACCACCGGAAGAAAACAAGCCGUACCGGGAGGCAAUUGCAGGGUCGUGGACCGGCACGGGCAAAAAGGGCGGGUUCGACACCAUAUAGGUCGCCGAGGACUUCCCCAGGAGCUCCGUCCAUGGUAUGGGUUUUCCUGCUUCUCCGUUGUCGAGAAGAAUUCUUGCGGAUGGCUGGUUGAUGUCCCCGUGUAUGAGCGUGGGGGCAUCGAAAUUGUUCCAUUCAAAGUUGAGCUUGGUGACUCGCAAUGCCCGCUGGUUGAUGUCGACGCAUUUUACGACCGGUUUGGUUCCCUCUCCCCCCGACAAUUGUGCUGCGAGGCCCAAUGCCUGGAUCCCGGAACCACAGCCAAUGUCAAGGAUGCCUUCGUCUCCCUCGAGCUGCUGCAGAGACGUCCAGUGGUCUAUCAAUGCCCUAGCAUAAAAUUAAAUAAAACAA